UGAUAUUAGGGGUAUAGAUCGGAGCUGCCUUAUAGGAUGAAUAAAAUCUUGAUUGUUUGUUGUUCCAUUUUGUUAUAGGUUUUUGAUAACCUUGAUGGUGCUGAUUAUGACGAGUAGGUGCAGGAAGUACCUCUCUAUCCUUUCUUUCCCUAUUUAUUGGCUCCAAAGUAAUAAAUUUGGUUUCUAAAAGGUCAUGAAUUCUUCGAGUGUAGGCAAGUCUCUCGGAGACUUACGAGAUUCCUUGUAGUCACUGUAGGUGACUGAAUCCAACUUCUUUGCUAAUAAAUGAACUAACAGAGGAUGCCAUGUAUUCGUAUCGAUACCUAAGUUAUGAAUCGCGUGAAUGCACUCAGUACAUGUAUCGUAUAAUUCCUUUAAUUCAAUGGAAGUUUGCUUAUGGACAUUAGGCUGAUUCAAAAAAGUCUCAAUUUGCAUUGUAAAUAAAACCUGCGGGUUAUUAUAACGAUGUGUCAUUAAUUCCCAGGCUGCGUCAUAAUUCUCAGGCGUAACAUUAAGAUGUUGAAUUAUCCGCUCGGCAUCCUCUUUUACUUUACAUUUUAAAUGUUGCAUUUUUUGAGUUUUCGAUAAUGUAUUACUAUUAUGAAUUGUCUCAGUAAAUAAAUCAAAAAAUGUAGGCCACGACUAUAUUUGCCCGUAAAUGUUGGGAUAUCAAUAACAGGCGUGGUUUGUUGAGUGAGGGUUGUAUUUGAUAUUUUUUUAUUAAGCGAACGUUUCAGUUGCUUAAAAUUCUUUUCAUAUGAAAUAAAUUCCGGCUCGUACACGGUAUCCUCCCCUUGCAGGAGGUUAUCAAUUUGCAAAUGCAUGUUAUCAAUGCUAUUCCAUUUUAAUUGUAAAUUACGCAAUUCGUCUUCUAACUCCCACUUUUCGGAUAUUUCGCUUGGAAUGAUACUCUGCACUAACCUAUUAAAUGCUCGAAAAUUUGUACGCUGUUGGCUUAACAAUUCAUUCACCUUUCCGUCCUGAAUAGCCUUGUCAACUUAUGCUUUUUCUCCGUUUUAUAUGACGAUAUAGUAUGACGUAAAUUUAUGUAAAAAUCUUUUGCUUGAUCAAAUGUAUUUUCCAAAAAAUAUUGUUGCUCUUUAUUCUCAUAUAACUGUAAUUGCUCAUUAUUCAUACUGAACUCUCCCCAGAGACUAUCUAAAGCGGUUAAACGUUUCAUCAGAUAAUCCGAAGUUUUGCGACUCGAAGCGUCCUUGCUAAAGUUGCUUUUGAUCUGCUUCAUCUGCUCCUGGAUUUCUGACUGACGCUGAAUGAGAGAUUCCAUGAUUAAUUGAAAUAAAAGGAACAAUCUUACUUGAAAUGCCGUUGAUGUACUUAGAUGCUGCUAACUGCUCUCCUCAGGAACUGCUGUCAAUCUUACUACUCAGUGUGAUCCUAGUUGGGAUCGAGCGAGACUGACGACGACGAUGUAGAUUGCUCAAAUACUGCUGAUGCUUGAUUGGUUGCUGUUCAGUUCGUUGCGAGGUGAAACGCGACGAAGUUAAUCACUUGUACAACUUUGUCCACGUAACAAAUUUUUAGGGUACCGCACUUUGACUCACAAACUGUCCAAAGACACGAAACCGAAACUUGAUCCCGCAACGAUUGCUCGAAGGACCAAAAAUGUGGGGGUUGCUUCCCACACUUGAAUACUUGCUAAGGGUAAGGUUACUCCAAGGAGUGCUAAAUAAAACCGAACCGUUUGAAUGUUGUAAAAACACUAAUUUAUUUCAGUAACUAAUUGUGCAAAGGCAAAUACAAUUGAUGAGUAUGCUUAAAGUAAUGUGGGUCAAUUUGAAAUUAUUAUAAUGUUGAUUAAGUAGGUAUGUACAGCACGUACAUUUUGUGUAAGCCUAUAUAUAAUACUCAUUUACUAUAUCUGAUUCCUUUAGUAGAUCAAUAUUAAAAUCACCAGUUAUAAUGAUUUUCCUGAGAAUACAUACGGCCUACUAUUAGGUAUUCUAUAAAUACAAUUACAAUAGUCUUGUAUUCUGGUAUAUCAAUGCCACAUAUUUCAUGAUUAACUCCUUACUUUGUAAGUAAUUACGGUACACGAAGGCAUAUUUUAAGCGAUAAUCACAAUACUCUCUCACUGAGCGUUCGCGGGCAACUUAACGACGCGAUCGGACGUUACGGUUAAGUUAUGAUCAUUUGCUCAUGACUGUGACGCGCCUGCCCCGCCCACAAGACCAUUCUAACCUCUUUCUGUGUUCUGUGCUUCAAACCGUCAAACACUAUAUAUCUCAGAAAAAAAUCUGGCAACCCUUUUUACCACUCAUAACUAUGUAUAGCUAGGUACGAAAACGUAAGUAUCCAUUUUAAUGGUUUGUUUACAUUUUGUCUCAAGCCAAAGCGAAUAGUUUUGUACAUAUAUAGUUAUGUAGGUUCUGGUAGUUAAAAUAUGAAAAUUAAAAAAAAAACUGUAUUGUUUUUUUUCUAUAUGGCUUCGCACGGCUUGUGCAUUUAGCCAAUGUCAAGGGUUAAAUGUAUACAAAUACUAUAGCACUCGUGGUCAAAGUAAUAAGUCAAGUCAAAGUAAGUGGCAGUCAAGUCAAUCCCCCUUUCCCCAUGUUUCAGUUAAAGUGUGGGGUUUUACUGGAACCUCCCCGUGAACUUCUUGAGGGAACGUCGAAAGACACUUUCCGCUAUUUUCUUUCACUUGCCAACACUUGUGCAUGUUCCCGAACAUUUAGUAGUUAAUAAUCCACUAUUAUUAGACACUAACAUCCGCCACAACACAAUUUUUAACAACAAAAACAAGACUGCUAAAGUGACGCUUCCUGAUCCCGCCAAAAAGUCCUGUAUUGUAUUGUUUUUAAAAUUGUUUCUUUUUACUUUUUUUUUAAGAUCCUUUUUAUGGAAGGCAAAGGGAACACUGCCCAUACAGCCUAGUCUUCAGUUGAUUUCUUUUUUUUACAUAUAAGAAUGUCGGUGUGAAGCAUUCUAAUGUUCCUUGGAGUGUUUGACACGAAAUGUAUCGAGUUGGCUUUUUCGAUAAGCUUCUGGGAGGUAGUUAACACUACAAUAAAGUUCUCACGUCCACUUGACCAGAGAAGCGUGUAUUUUAAAGAUUCCACUAAUUCUUCAGUUGCGAAGACGGUUGUAACACAAAAUCACACCAAUUUUAUUUCACUAUAUCCACAAUGAACGAAUUUAAGAAUAAUGAAAAAAAGACGCCAACCGUCCUCGAUAAAAUCCCGCCAAGAACCCUUUUUACUUUUUUCAUUCUACGGUUGCUUUGACAAUACUGUCACCAUCAUUGCCCACACGUUUAUCCUCUUUUACCACAUCAUAGUUGACAGUGUUGUUUUCCUAUACUCUUCUUUAAACUGUUCAUUUUCUUAAAAGAUUAAAUUAUUAAAACUUACAAUAUACUUAGAUUUCUUUUUAAACGAAUUUUCUUUAACUCAAUACAAUUUUCUUUUAUUCAAAGUACAAGAUGCGGAUUCAACAGUUCGCCACGAAUAUUGGAAUAACGGAAUUGAGAAAAUAUGAAUUGAAAAAUUGCGAAGUUGUUAUUGAUGGUCAAAACUUUCUAUAUAAUAUUUACGAGAUGAGUGGUUUACCGUUUGAAUUCGGAUGCGAAAGUGAUAAAUACGCAGAACACCUACGAAAAAAACUAAGCGUUUUUAUAAACGCAAACGUGAAAUGCUAUUUUUUUUUCAAAGGUGGCCAUAGUGAUAUGAAUAAGAAAAAGAAAAAACAAACUGAAAAAGCAAUUCUCUCACAGGAUCCCAAUUCAUCGACAAAUUUUAUAUUGCCAAUAUUUAUGAAGGAGAUAUACAAACAAGUACUUGAUGAAAUGAAUUUCAACUACGUCGUUUGUGAAUUUGAAUGUAAGAAAGAUUGUAUUGCUCUGGCUCAAAAGCUGAAUUGCCCUAUCAUUAGCUAUGACAUUGAAUUUUGUUUUGCGGGAGUUCCUUACAUACCUAUUGCUCGUGAUAAAAAUAUUGUAAACGAUAAAAGCACGGGUGGCAUUCCCUGUGGCUUAUUUGUUUACGAAGAUUUUACAAAGAAAUACAAUUUAGACAAGGAAAAGCUGGCGAUCUUCAUCGUUUUAAGCGAUGAGAACAUUUUUCCAGAAGGCCAUUUUAAAUCAUUCUUUGAUACGGUAAAUAUUAGAGGUAAUCCUUACAGGAGAAACGCUAAUUUAUUAAAUUGGCUCUCAAAGAAAGCAAAUUAUAACACUAUAGAUUCUAUUAUGCGAAAAUGUUUGCGAGCAGACGAAUACGAUACCUACAGGAGAGAGAGAAAUAAGAUGAUCGGGUUCAUCUGCAAAGAAGAGAAAGCAGGGGUGCCCGUUGAUUAUUUGUUGCACGGUAACUACGUCGAAUUUACUGAUAAUGACCCGUUAUGGUUUGAAAAGGGAGUCGUUUGCGGUUACAUUCCAUUGCAGUAUGUUAAUAUGUACCACUGGAAUAUUAUUGAUGGAUCAUGGUGCUUAGAAGAUGAGGACGCAGAAGAUGCUAUGUUUAUUUCACUCGAUAUUAUCAAAUAUGCUUUUAAUCUUCUCACCAAUUACGAAAGAAAAGAAAUAAAUUUUCAUAAUAAAAAAGAUGAAGUCGUUACCAUCAGCGUUACUGAUGCGACGGCCCUCCCGAAGCCGACGUAUACAGCUAUUCAGAGUCCCUUUGAAAACGGAUGGGAUCUUAUUAAAGCUUUGGGAUUAUUUGAACAUUUUCUUGAAAAAUGUAUGCCGGAGACCAACUUUAGUGUACUGAAUACCGUACCAGAGAACGCUAGACUGUUGCUUAUAGCUUUAAUAUUUUUCUCACGUCAUAAAACUGAGGAUACCACCGUUGAAGUAUCUAGCGUACUGUUAUCGUAUGUGAUGUUGAGCGUCGUGAAAGACAAAUCUAAUAACAACAACCAUAUGAACGAAAGAGUGUCACGGACUUUCAUUGAGCCAUUCAUUGAUAAGAAUCUGGUCACAGAUGUUGACUGUAAUAUAGCUACAGACAGAUUCGUUAAAUAUUUUACAGUAUCAAAUAUUGAAAAGGCACAAUUUGAUAAAGAAAUACUUCAUCCUUUAGUUGAGUUUCAACAUUGCCUUCAACAGAUGAAUUUUUUGAACAAACUAUGCGGAUCUCCUUUCGAAGCGACGAUGUAUAGUUGCACAUACAAUGGUACAUUAGUGUACAAAAUUGCUCAUACAAUGAAAGACACAUAUUUUGGUAAAGCUAUGGAUUUUACAGAGAACGAACUAUCUUCCGCUGUAACGGUUUUAGGGUUUUUCAACGGCCUCAGAAAUGCUUAUGAUGAAAUUAUGUAUCGGUAAAUAAUACAAUCUUUCAAAAAUCUGCUGUUGAUAUUUCUAAUGUUGUUGUAUUUCUACUUUAUCAACAACUUUUCGAUUACGCAUUUCAAACCAGUCAAUGUAACUUUAGUUAAUAACUUUUAUUUACUGUUAUUUCUUAUAUUUAUAGUAAUAAUAAUAAUUUCUUUCUUUCCAAAUUCUCUUAUUUACUAGUAUUUUAUUUGGAAUCAAAAAUUCGUCUUACCGUAUUUAUUAUACCAUAGUUAUUUCAUUUGAAUAUCUAAUCUAUUACAAAACCAAAAAUUAAAUAGAAAUAAAAAAGGAAAAUUGUUCACACAUGAUUACUCCGAUGACAUGUGAAAGUGUCAAAACAAAUGAUAACAAUGAAUUACAACAACAGAGAAUGGAAAUGAAUCUAAAAUGUUGACGAGAAGCAAAACAGCACGUUUGAGACCACCAGACUCGUCACAUUGCUCCGCCUCGCAGUUAUCAGCAACAGUCACAGUACCGAGUACCCUUCGGCUGACACCUACAGUUGCGUCGAGCGAUAGUGACGAGUACUUCUCCCCUCCGGCGACGCCACCACCAGUUCGUCGAAGAAGAGGCCGGCCAGCGAAGGGUUCGGUGCUUGUGGGGCAAUCAGCUCCGGUCAGGGCCCCCGCUCCCGGUGGAGUGCACCGCAUGCGAUGAACAAUUUCCAUAAACGAAAGUGUCAUGCGUGCAUAUUUUAAGGCAACAGAGACGGGAACCAAUCUUACUGCGUACCGUGCUCGGGUGCUUUCUCUGUUUCAGGCCCUUGAACCAACCGUCAACGUUUCGACUCAACGAUUAUCGGAUCAGGUGCGGGCCAUUCAACGGGGUCACUUCUUACUUGUUGGAUGACUCUACACUUGAUCGGCUCCGUACAGGUACAAAGUAAUCACAUCAUUUCUAUUGCAUCGCAGGUGGCAAAUCUAUCUUCGUCGAUAACAGCAUUACAAGCUGACGUUGCUGAUAGUGAUGAUAGAGAUGAUGUGAUUACUACUGUAAGUUCCCAACACAAUGCUGUAUUGAGGAGUACUUUCGAGGAUGUAGUUCGGGAAUUUCGAUCCACUCCGUUGCGUCUUCGACUUCCACGUUUCCCUAUGCACAAAAAAAAUAGGGCGCUGUGUGCUUUAGAUUCGCUAUUAUCCUCGCUGAUACUCAUUCAAUCUUGUACUGUGCGGCUGUUACGGCUUGUCGUGUGGCGCAUGUCAAAUUCCCAAAUACUGACAUAGCAACACGCCCUAGACAGGCUGCACCAGCCUGGCAGUGCAGGAUUGAGAGCCGUAUUAGCGAGGCUAGGGUACUCAUCGGUAAGCUCAGCUGUUUCAGGGAGGGCAAUACCCGCCCUAGGGUUAUGCGCUUUGUGAGGCGUGCAUUCUCGGGAACUGGUAUUAGUCCCGAGAAUUAUAGUAUCACAGAACGCAUUGACUUUCUUUUUCUUUUGUGCAUGAGCUAAUCGUAUUCGGAGGUAUAAGUUACGAGUGAGUCGUUUUACUCAGAACCGCAUGUUCGAAAGAGUUCAACGUUGUGUUUCUUGAUCCUGGAAGCGAUCGAAUCAAAGUGAUAUUGAUAUGCAUCGACCGGAUGAUGAGGCCAUGAUUUCUUUCUGGCGCAACAUCUGGUCCGUGCCUGUCACUCAUUCUGAUGGCGCGUGGAUGAGGGAUGUUGAGCAAUCGUGCGAGCUUUUACCUGAAAUGAACGAUGUAACCAUUGACUAUGAAGACGUAGUUUGUGCAGUUCGUGCCUUACCCAACUGGAAAUCGCCAGGCCUGGACGGACUGCACAAUUUCUGGUUUAAAUGAUUACCAAGCUCACACGUUUGCUUAGCAUCUCAAUUCCAGCUUGAUUUAUCAUCUCGGUCGCUUCUAGAAUUUAUGACAACAGGCAUAACCCAUCUGCUCCAUAAAUAUGCAAGUACUACUAAAAAAUUAUAGACCAAUCACUUGUCUGCCAACAAUUUAUAAAAUUCAGAUCUAAGAUUAGUAAACAUAUUGAUCAAAAUUCUAUCAUGUUCGCCUCUCAAAAUGGAUGUAGGAAUGGGGCCCGUGGUACUACAUUGACAUGGCUAUUAAUCAACUGGUCCGCCGUAACCGAAAGACUGUCGACUUCCUGGAUAGAUUACAAUAAAGCGUAUGAUUCCGUACCGCAUUCAUGGCUCAUGAGGGUGCUUGAGCUGUAUAAAAUAAAUGCAACUCUACGCACUUUCUUGAUGUCAUGUAUGCGAUAGUGGAGAACGGUCCUAUUCUAUCCAGAAUCUCGACGGACUCUGGGUAACGGCGAUCCUUUAAAAAUAGAGCGAGGCAUCUUCUAGGGAGACGGUCUGAGUCCAUUAUGGUUUUGCCUGGCCUUGAACCCUCUGAGUACACUACUCGAGGGUUCAGAUUUAGGCUAUCGUUUACGGAGAAAUGGUCAAGUAAACACCUGCUUUACAUGGAUGACCUGAAACUUUUUGCCCACAGCUCUCAUUUGACAGCCUUACUGAAGGUUACUGAAGAUUUCAGUAAUGCUAUCAGAAUGGAAUUUGGUGUGGACAAAUGUUCAAUCAUGCAUGUAAAGCGUGGUCAGGUAGUGGAAUCCGCGGAUAUACAACUGUCAGAUUCAGUUCACCUUAGAUCUCCCUCUGUAAACGAAACCUAUAAAUAUUUAGGUAUGUGACAGGCAUUAGGCAUUAACGAUGCUGACUUGAAACAGUCAUUACGCGAGCGUUUCUUGGGGCGCCUGUCAAAAGUUCUUAAAAGUCUUUUGUCGGGCGGAAACAAGGUUCGUGCAUAUAAUGGCUGGAUAAUGCCGCUAUUGAUGUAUUCCUUUGGCAUACUUAAAUGGACUCAAACUGAACUUGAUGCCUUGGACAGAACAGUUCGUACAUUGCUAACAGCACACCGUAUGCAUCACCCACGCUCCUCGACAAUGAGAUUGUAUAUCCCGCGGAAGUGUGGUGGUCGUGGCUUCCUAAAUGCCAAGACAUUACAUAACCGCGAGAUAAACAAUUAAGGGAGUAUUUUCUUAACGUCGAUAUGGGGAUUCAUAGAGAUGUAGUUGCUGUUGACAAUGCUCACUCCUGUAUUUUUACACGACAUGUGGGACAUCGAUUCAGCAAUUGUUGUGCCGAUAGUCAUAUCUGCCCAUGGUUUGAUAGCCAAGAGCCUCGAUAAACACCUUAAGAGGCUCGCGUUAGGUGGUUGGGUCAAGAGUCAGAUGCAGAAGGCAGUACUUCUCGACACCGCCCGUAUAGUGAGGAAGUUCCUGUCUCUGGAUAUUUGAUGGAUGGGGAACUGAAUUUUUGUAUUUUUAAAUGUUAUUAUUUUUUAAUGUUAUACAUUGUAAAAAUAAUAAUAUUUAGAAAUAUAAUUGUGUAUGGAUAUUAUAAAAAAUAAAAAAACAAUGCAACAAACAUUUGUUUAAACUAUUAGAUAUGUUCAAAAUGUUUAUGAAACAUUUUUAACCUACGAUUUACGAUAGAUAUGUUAUUUAAGAUAGUUGUAAAAGUGAUAUAUGUGUGAUAUACAUACUUGAUUUAUAUGUGGCCUGACGAUUUGCUUGGUCGGCGUGGAUUUGAUUGGCCGGAAAUAUUUUAACUAAAUUAUUAUUAUUAAAUUUCCGUAUUUUUUUCCGUCAUCACGGAUUUUGAUCAAUCUCAUAGAAUUUUGUGUGAAAUAUUAUGUUCAACAAGAAAAAAUCCGGCCGACCAAUGAUUUUUAGCCGGAAAGGUCACGCAUACCUAUUUGAAUGGUGUGAUAAGGGGUGAAAUUUAUCGAUUAUCACGGAAACCUUUUUUUGUUUUUUAAUUUACGCGUUUUAAUGUCACAUUUAUAAUUAUCUUGGUAUGCGUGCUUACAAACUGCCGAAAGUAUCGCACACACCAAAGGACAUUGUUCAGCGUCCAUACAUAGUUAGCCUAAGAACCAACAAUUAAGAAAUAUUAUUUUCUAGGUUCAAAAUCGUAAGUAAAUGCCUGCAAAAACAAAGAUUACUGACGGACACGUCUGAGAACUUAAAUUAUUAGGAAAACUAAUUUUUUUUUGAGGUUAUGUUUAAUAUCAAUGAAACAUAGGUCAACCUAUGAAUUUAGUAUGAACUCCUAUGAAUUUAAAAAAUCAAAAAACCCGACAAAAAAUUGUAACAUAUGUAUUGUUAUAGCGACAAAAGAAAUACAAUAUCGUCUGUGCAAAUUUCCACUGUCUAGCUAUCACGCUUCAUGAGAGAUAGCCUGGUGACAGACAGACAGACGGAAGUCUUACUUCCCC